AUGGAAUCUUCAACCCUCGUCGCUCUACUCUCCUCCGUCUCCCAACUCCUCCUCCUCCUCGUCCUCUCUCCCAACCCUUCUUCCUCCUCCUCCUCCUUCCCCGCCGUCCACCACCUCCUCUCCUCCCAAGAACUCGCCGCCACCCUCUCCCUCCUCUCCCUCUCCCGCAAACGCAAACGCGCCCGCCUCUCUUCCCCAACCCAACUCCUCCCUCGCUCCCCCGACUCCUUCAAGACCCAUUUCCGCAUGACCUCCUCCACCUUCGAGUGGCUCUGCUCCUUACUUGAGCCCUUACUCGAGUGCCGCGACCCCGUCGGCUCCUCUCUCAAUCUCUCCGCCGACCUCCGCCUCGGUAUCGGCCUCUUCCGUCUCGCCACCGGAGCCAACUACCAUGUCAUCUCCCAACAAUUCCGGGUUUCCGAGACCGUCGCCAGAUUCUGCUCCAAGCAACUCUGCCGUGUGCUCUGUACCAAUUACCGCUUCUGGAUUGAGUUUCCCGAUAAAUCGGAGCUUCAAUCGGUGUCGGCCGGGUUCGAAGCGCACACCGGGCUGCCCAAUUGCUGCGGUGUGAUCGACUGCGCCCGGUUUAGGGUGGUUAGAGAUAAUGGAGUUGAACAAGAGAGAGUUGCAGCUCAGAUCAUGGUGGAUGCUACGUCGAGAAUUCUCAGCAUUGUGGCUGGGUUUAGGGGGAGUAAGAGUGAUGAUAUGGUUUUGAAGUGUUCUACAUUGUAUGCGGAUAUUGAGCGUGGCGAGUUACUGAAUUUGGAGGCGGUGAGUGUGGAUGGGGUGCCGGUGAAUCAGUACUUGGUUGGAGGUGGAGGGUACCCUUUGCUUCCGUGGCUUAUGGUGCCGUUUGUUGAUGCAAUGCCAGGGUCGAAUGAGGAGCAGUUCAAUGUGGCACACAGUAGGAUGAGGCUUUCGGGGCUUAGAGUGGUUGAUAGUUUGAAGAAUUGGGGGGUUUUGAGUAGGCCGAUUCGCGAGGAAAUGAAGAUGGCUGUUGCUUAUAUUGGUGCUUGUGCCAUACUUCAUAAUGGUUUGUUGAUGAGGGAGGACUACUCGGCAAUGUCUGGUGGGUUGGAUGAUUACUCUUUGUAUGAUCAGAGUUCGAGGUAUUAUAGGGACGAUACGAGUUUGGAGGAGAGUUCGAUUGAGAGGAGGGCUUCUGUUAUAAGAAAUGCAUUGGCUACAAAAGCUAAAGAGUUUCAAGAAUCAAUUUUAUCGGCCAAUUCUAGCUCUUUGGCAUCAUUGGAAUCAACCUAG